CUGUUUGCAAAUGUAGCACAAUUCUAAGUUUAUUUAUAGUUAUCACAUGGAAGCUUCUGCAGGCAAUGGCCAAUUGCUUGCGCUAUGCUGUCCGCAUAAUUGCCAAUAAUGCUGCUGCUGCUGAUGGUGAUGAUGAUGAUGUUGCUGCUGUUGUGUAUGAGAAAUGCGUUGAGCAAGUGAAUGCGAUGGCCGCUGGCCCUGACCAUGACGUCAAUGCGGCAAACAUACGCACUACGCACGCUGCUAAUGAUGAGGUGUCAACGGCACGUGAACAACAACAGCAACAACAGCAGCAGCCGGCACAUUCAUCUAGUUCUAGUCUACAAAAGCGCAAUCGCUGCUUGACAACAACAAGCCGUAUAAUGUUGCUGCCGGCAACUGCAACUGGCAAGUCUGGCUGGCCAGCAUUGAUGACUCUGUUAAUUGCAUUGCUGUUGAGCAUGCGCCUGGCAGCGGCUGGCACCUGCUGGCAAACGCAACAGAGUCAUGAUAAAUGCAGCAACCUCUAUUCAACAAACAUCACAAAAUUGGAAUGCUGUGGCGCUAGCCAAACCUUUUCGUAUACGGAUCGUGAGCUGUCCAACGUGGAGCAUUUUUUUGCAACUGCGAUUGGAGGCGGCGUUGAAUGUGCGCCGUGCAUGGAGAGCUGCAAGAGCUUUAAAUGUGGUGCAAAUAAAAAGUGUGUGAAGCGCAAAGGGCGGCCAAAGUGUGUCUGCGCGCCUGAGUGCGGCGCAACAUUGCGACGAAAGCAGCGACAACAGCAGCAGCAGCAGCAGCUAGAGAAAGCGGCAAUGGCGUUGCGUGGCUCACGUAGUCUAAGUAGUGAAAUUAUAAACACCAAUUUAGAUUUAGAUGGCGCCAAACGCCAGCAUAAAAAUAACAACAACAAUGGCGCUGAUAACCAAAGAACACAACAACAACAGCAGCAGCAGCAACAGCAACAGCUACAGCCAAUGCCAAAGCGAGCGAGUCAUAGAAAACAGGGCGAGACAAAGCAUAGAAGACUUUUGAUUAUAGACAACAGCAAUUUGCAAGAGCAGCCCACAACCAGACGGCUGCACUUGAAGGGUGGAGGCAGAGUUAAAAUGCAGUUGACGCCGUUAGCGAGCAACAGCAACAGCAACAGCAACGAGCGGCGCAGACAUAGAAAAAUCAACAGCAGCAGCAGCAACAAUAACGAGUAUAGCAACAACAACAACAAUGGCAAACACUUAACAAGAUCAAUGACGACGCUAACGUUGGCAACAGGAGCCAAUGACUCGUCCACGCCUGCGCAGACGUUGGCACAGUCUAGACACAACUUGGCAAAUGCUAAUGAACCCGCCAACAACAUUAAUAGACAGUCAGAGCAGUCGCAGCAGCAGCAAGACAAUGCCAAAGCUCGACUCAGACAUCAGCAACAACAACAACAACAACAGCAUGCUCCAAAUCAUGCACAACAAUACGACAAUGGCAGUGAGCAACAGCAGCAGCAGCAGCAGCGCAGGCGUAAGCAUAAGCACAACCACAAGGAUCAGCGCACAGCAGCAGCAGUGGCAGCAGCAACAUUGCUGACAGAAAAUACCACAAUGUCUGUGUCUGGGUCUCGCUCUGAGUCUGGCGCACAUCAACGUCUGUUGUUGACUGAACACGGAAGUGCAACGGCUGCGUCAUCGGGCCACUUGGCUAAUGUUGAUGAUUUAGCAUAUCUGCCUGGAAUUUAUGAGCCAGCAGCAGCAACAUUGCAACAGCAACAGCAACAUAUAAAUCCGGUUUGUGGCAACGAUGGACGCACCUACAAUACUGAAUGCCAGCUGCGCAAACGCGCCUGUCGCACCAACAACGCCCAACUGGAGGUCGCCUAUCGUGGCCACUGCAAGACCAGUUGUCAUGGUGUGCAAUGUCUGAAUGGUUUAAUCUGCGUAGAGGAUCAGAAUAUGAUGCCACACUGCAUUGCCUGCCAGAUCAAUUGUCCUUGGGACGAUCAAGCUGUGGAGCUGGCGGAGGAGCACGCUGUGUGUGGUGUUGAUGGUCAAACAUACAGGAGCAUUUGUGAUAUAAAUCGUAUGAUUUGCCAAAUUGGACGUUCGAUUGCUGUGGCAUAUCCGGGACCAUGUCGAGCGGACCGCGUCACCUGUGCGAACAUCAAGUGCGGCCCCAAGGAUACCUGUCUGCUGGAUCUGCAAACGCAGCUGCCGCGUUGCGUCUCCUGUCGCUACAAAUGUGCACGCAAGCAACAGCGCUCGCCCUACAAUGUGGACAAAAUCUGUGGCAACAACAAUCACACAUAUAACUCGUAUUGCGAAAUGCGCAAGGACUCCUGCGCUACGGGUUACUACAUAGGCGUGCGCUCAACGGGCGUCUGUUAGAACAAAAAGAAACAAAUAACUUAGCAAAAUAUCUUAAUAGAAAUCACAUUUAGCAUAUGCAUAUUAUAUAUCUAACGUAUAUAUAUAUAGCGACGCAUAUAGCGCGCCACAUUUCUCUGUGUAGUUCCAGCAUCCAAAGAUUCUCGUUGUUUGCUUUUGCUUAUUUUGUUUGGCAGCAACAACAACAAAUUAUUUAUGUAACAACAACCACAUAUCUUAAGAGGCUUUUCGUAUUAAACAAAACACACACAUACACACACACACACACACACAUAAACUAAUUAAUUUAUAUAACAAUUGAUUG